GCACAUACACACACAUUCACUUCUUACGCCCACGGUAGGUACACACUAUAGCAAAUUCAAGAUAGCCUCACAUUUAGGGCAUUCUAAAUUGGGCCUUCAACAGCAGACACCUCCAGUGCUCAUCAAUCACGUACGUCUCUCCGACCUACCUCAAGCACACCAAAAAUCUAAUAACCCUCUUUCUUUUCCCCACCUUCACUGCGACCUUCAUAGCUCGAGCAUUCCUACACACCUGGGCACUGUGGCCAGCCCUACAUUCCUCAAGCUUGUAAGGUUACCUCAAUACUCUUUGACAACGACGGCGCAGCUUCUGUCUGUUCUGUCUGUUCUGUGUAUCAGUGAUCGCCAUCAGGUCAUAACAUAACCCAUUCACUACACUUGUAGCCAUUCCCCUCCAUUGCUAUACACCUCUCCCUCAAUCACAGCUGACCGCAGGACCAACAUAAAACAUCCUUUGAUUCUUUUCUGGCCCGGGAUCAAAUCUUACUGGAUCGUCUUGACUUGGCGUACAGCGAAUAUCGUAUCAAAACCCCACCAAUUUUGAAGAUAUUCGUCUUGGCUUACCUAUUUGCUACACAAUUUGACCCCUCGAGAAGCCUUCGAUCAGUUGGUCCACUAAUCUCCUCAUAUUUGCUUUUCCUACUUCCAGUUCUUGUUCCGUUCGAUUUGAACCCCUCCAUAAGUUCAACAACCAACUAUUCGAAUAUAUCAUCGCAAACAUGAUUUCGUUCAGCAGCUCGACGCUGCUUCUGUCCUUUGCGAUCCUACUACUAUUAGCACAUCCAGCUCAUGCUUUUGGUGCUGGAAAUAUUGCGUCGGUUUCCAAAAUUGAAGGAAUAAACUGGCGCCAUGGAGAUAUUGAGGAUACCCUUCUCACACUUAUGAUGUCAAGAGCUUGUGGUGGAAAGAAGUUUGAUAAGAUGACGGUAGCAAGAGUUUACUUUGGUAACUGGUUGAGAGAUUACUCUCAAGCGAUCGAUGUUGGUACUGUCAAAUAUGUCUCCGCCGAAGCUAUUCGCAUUCUACUCUGGGUUCUUGGAUUUAUGACAUUUGGAUAUGGCACACGAGAGUUCGAAGUUACAGCUCAAAGAUUGGGUUGUUAUCGACCAGAAGAUCACAUUGACAACCCAAAGGAUUAUGCUGAUAAUCUUGAUGCUUCACAAUACGAUCCUAGACUUCGAGGUCCAGUCGAUGAAGAAAUUGAGCUCGCCAUCGACCCCCAUACGGGCAUGAAGAACUAUAUUGCUAACGAACGUGUUGGAAUCAUGUCAUCUGCUGAACAUGUCCGAAAACUUUUCCGUGAAUGUAUUCGACUUGGUAGAUCUUAUGGGAGAAACCAGAACAAGGACGACUUAUAUGAGGCACUUCGAUUGAUGGGUACUGGACUACACUGUUUGGAGGAUUUCUCUGCUCACAGCAAUUACACUGAACUUGCUCUUAUCGAGAUGGGUGAACGUGAUGUUUUCCCACACGUUGGAAGAAGGACUCGAAUCGAGCUUCCAGGCGCUGAAGAAGAAGUGUACCCACUCAUUACUGGCACCUUUGGUGGUGUUGACUUCCUUCACUCUGUCAUGGGUGAAUUCGACGACAAAGCAACUCAAAGCGAAAUUCAAGCCCUUGAAGGAACCAUGCAAGAAGGUAGUGAAGGCAAUACUAGUGUUCUGAAAGAUCUAUUGAGUUCAGUUCCUUCCGGACUUUUUGGUGGUAAAGAUGAAGCUGGCAAAGCAGAUGAGCUUCAAGCCAACGCUGCUGCUGCCCAUGAAUCUCAAGAGGAAGUCUCCCCAAAAGACCCAGAAGCUUUUACAAUCCGAAUGCAAGAAGUCGCUAAGGAUAUUUAUCCAAUCAUUCAAUGGCACGACGAGACUAUGCAACAAAUUCGUGAAGCUAUCGAAAAGAUUCCUAUCCUUCCAGAUCUCAUCGAGAACAUUGAGGAACAGAUCAACAUUUUUGUCUUCUCUCUCCUUGCUCCAUUCGUUCUUCCAAUCAUUGGCCAAAUUAAGACCGAAUUGAAUACGGGUUCCUCUGAAGUUAUCCAAAGCAGUAAGGACAAGCAAUUGAUUGUUUUCAACGAUGACUAUUCUACUGAUCCAACACAUUCUAUGUUAUCUAAGGAUCAUUUCUCCAACAUCCUCAACGAAUGCGCUGGUAGAAUCGCUUCUCAAGUUCUCAAAUGGGUUGUUCCUCAAAUUAUAUCUUGUUGGGAUGAUGAACGAAUUGAUCCCGAUCGUACAAUCGAUCGUAUCGUUAACGGUGUUUUCCAUCACCCCGCUCUUCGCAACUAUGGGGAUGAUGGAGCAUCUGAUGGUCGUCAACUUAUGUUCAGAGUUGUAGAGGAUUGGUGGCGCAACAAGGACGGUGACGAACAAGAGGAAUACCGAAGAAAGUUGAGCAGAGAUGGAGUUGAAACUGGUGAAAAUCAUCUUGAAGGUGUUCAUGAUACUGGUCAUGGAUGUGGUGCACCACUUAAGAUGUCCAAGCAAGGUCCUAUGAUGUCUUCGUCAAAUCCAAUGGCAAAUGAAAUCAUGGGUGGUCUUGCUUCUUCAAUGGGUGGUAAUGGUGGAUCAUCAGGAUUUGGUGGACAAGCAUCUGAAGGAAUUGGCAAAUUUGCUGGAGAAGCAGUUGGUGGUGGUGCUUUUGGUGGUAUUGUUGGUGCUCUCGCUGGAGGUGUCGGUGGAAGCCUGUUAGCUGGAGUUUUAGGUGGAGGAAGAAAGGAAGAAUCAUACGCUUCCGAAGGUUACAACUCUCAGGGUAACUACGAGCAGAGCUAUACUGAAGUAGGCCACUCUGGUGAUCGCUAUGCUCAAGCCGAGUAUACAGAAGAACAAUUUGCAGAUGGUGGCAGGCGAACAGAUUAUCAACAGUAUGGUCAGGAAGGAGGCCGCGGAUUUGGCUUUGAACAAAUUAGCGAGCAGAGACCUCAAUAUGGUGGAGGUUACGAAGAAACCAACGAACGCAUCUACGAACGUUCUGAUGGUAGAGUUGAGACUGAAACAUGGCGCGAGGGUGAAACUGCUGAUGGGCGUCACUAUCAUGAAGCGGAACAUCACAGAGAAGAGAGAUCUGGUAGCGAUAGUGGCGAUAGUAACAGGAGCCAUAGAAGACAUCACAGGCAUCACAGUCAUGGAAGUGAGGGUAGCGAUAGACCUCAAGAGUAUAUUCCAGAGAGAGAGGAGCACAGAGAGAGAUUUGAGGAGCCUCGUCAGGACUAUGGUGGAUAUGGCCAAGAAAGAGAAGAACAUGGUGGUUGGGGCGGUGAACGUGAAAGAUCUGAGGAACCACCAAGACAUGAAUAUGGUGGAUAUGGUGGUGGAGAAUUUGGUGAGAGAGUUGGAGGGUUGGCGGAGAGAUUUGGUGGUAUGGGAUUUGGUGGAGGAGAUCAUGGAAAUGAAGGUGGUUGGGGUGAGAGGGAGAGGGAGGAGGAGAGAGAAGAUGAAUAUCGUGAAGAGAGGAGAGAGGAGCGUGGGUGGGGCUUUUAGAUUUCUAGGGACAUGAUGAAAUGAUGGGAUAUGAGGAAUGAGAGUAUGAGCGAUGAUGAUAUGAUAUGACGCUACUGAAAUCGUUAAGUAAGCGAACGAAAUAUGCGAGAACGAUAAAUUUCAUGAAGAAGUGGUUAGAUAGAUCUUGUGAAAAGCGAUCCAGUUUCAAUGCUAUUACGAUGCUUUUCUACUUAUGACCUUGGGGAUA